AUGGAAAUACGAGAAGGCCUCCACAGUUCCACUUCCCCAAUACAGUUUCCAGAACAGGACGGAAUUCCCUAUCGAGUGGAAUUACCAAGACGGAUAUGUAAUGGUGCCGUCAAAUGUUUUCUAAGCUGCACAUACAUUUACCGUCUUGUCUACGAUAUGAUGACCGAGGUGUUUGUUUUACUCUUCGUUUUGGAUUACACGGGCACUGAAGGCUCCACCUUUCUACUUCCGCUGAAGGAACGGCCCCCUGACCACGCCAGCAACCCCUCGGUCCUUCUUAAUGACUCAAGGGGAUACAACCUUCACAUGAGGCCUGUCCCAAUCAUUGGUUGCCGGGCUUUCUUUGUUGCCACCGUGCGCUAUCUCCAGGGUGGACUCAGAUGCUGUACUCAGAAGUGGUACGCCUUCUUCCGGCUUCAGGUAAGACAGGAGGCACUACAUGACUGGAGAACUCUUCAAUCAGCGUCGUUCUUAAUACCCACCUCGGCUUCACAACCCUGCGGUCGUGUCACUCCAGCUAGCAGCACCUCUGGUCGUCGCAAAUUUUGCCAUCCACAGCAUAUGCGCCUCCUCCGUCACUCGAAGAUUCGUCAACAAGAGGUAGAAAUCAGAGCAGAUGUCCUUUGGGAUCUGGUUUGCUUUGCUCUGCCACCACUGUGA